AUGGCAUCAAAACGAAAGUACAAUCAGUGGAAAAAGGAUCCAAAUUUAUCAAUACCAAAACGAACACUUGCCCGAUUGAAAAAAAAUGCUGCCAUGGCUACCUGUACAUCCGAAACUUUUAUUUCUGAUGUCGUUGAGGUUGAAACCGUCGAAGAUAUUGAGCGGAAUGAUAAUGUAAUUUGUGGUUUAACGGACGUUGGGUCGAGUAGCCAAACUGUAGACAGCAUAGAUUCCAGUGAUGAGGCGUGUGUAAGUGAUGAAAAUUUUGAUCUGGAUCUGGCUGAGCAGACCUCUAUAAUUAUAAAUGUUGAAAGUGGAGAGGACCAUGCUUAUGACUCUGACACUCUAUGUGAAAAUCAAGACGAGCCAUGCCAUUUAAUAGAAGAUUCAGAGUUUCGGGACAAUAAUAUGGAUGAAUUGAAUAUGUCUGAGUCAGAGACAUAUGAUAGUUCAGACGAGGAUGACUCAAAUAAAGACAAUGUUAAUACGGAAUACCUCUAUCCUGGUAGUUCUAUUACCAUACAAGAUAGUAUUUUGAGCAUUAUGAAAUACAGUUUACGUCAUAAGACAACGUAUGCUGCGUUAUCUGAUCUGUUGAGCCUAAUAAUACUCCACCUGCCACAUGACAGUCACAAAGAGCACUUGCAGUCACUGUAUUUUCUCAAAAAGGCAUUUGUUGCACAAACUGUAGUUCAAGGAGAGGCCGAAAAACCAGAUAUUGCAAAGGUGCACGAAUACUGCCCACAGUGCAUGGCAACCUGGAAACAUAAUGAACCUUCCUGUAGGUUUUGUGGCAAAGAGAGAGAUAAAAAGACCAACAAUUACUUCUUGACACUAGAAAUUGCCACACAGUUGCAGACCAUGUUCAGGGGUAAGUUUUACUGAAAUUAGAAAAUUUUAUUAUUUUAAAACAUUUACCUGUAACUGUAAAUUAAACAUGAUCCCAAUGGACCCUACAGCAGUUAUUAGUCUUGUAUCGUAAUAUUAGAAUUAUAGUUUUCAACAAUGCCCGAGUAACAUAACAAGUAGUUAAUGUGACAAUGUUCAUAAAGGAAUGAUACUCCUAUACGUUUUAAGAUAUAGCCAGGAGUCACUCAGCACAGCUGUUUUCAAAUAUUACCAAUAUUCCUCCUCCACUAUAGCUUUCUGUGAUCCUUAGGCAGAUUUUUAGUGAGUAAAUUUACUUCUAACCAAAAGAGGCACUUAUGAUGUCUGAUGUCAUGAUUUUGAAAAUGCUAAAACUAGUGCUUGAAACUGUACUAAAACUACUGCAUAUUAAUAUAAUUAGGUUCUAAUUUAAUAUCUGAGGCAUAAUAAAAUAUAACCAUUACCCCGUACAUAGGAUAAAGGACUCUUUGAAAAUGGGGAAUCGUAUCUGAUAAAGCUUGAACACAGGUGUCAGGGUGUCAAUGAACUUUUUUCCAGCUUGUAAUAUAAAUAAGGUAGUCACAUACUCCUGUUAUGUUUAGCCCUGAGUAGAUUCAAAUGUUACAUCUACAUAACAUAUGCUUGCAUCUCUAUGAAAGGGUAUGUCAAUCCAUCUGUCAGUCAGAACUUUGCCUGCCCUCCAGGACCACUGCAUUUCAAGAAAGAAGGUUAUGUUUGUGGGUAUUUGAUUUUAGCAAUAGGGAGCUAAUUAUAUGUGUCAACAGAACUGUAUUUAACCCACUGAGUCGCAUAAUGCCUUGAUACACCAUACUUUAUUAUUUUAAUCUGUCUAAUGCCAGAUGAUAAGGGGAUCUAGCACUGCCACUUAAUGGGUUAAUUAAUACUUGUUUAUCUCCCAGAUCCAGAAUUCCUAUCAGAUAUUAACUAUGCAUGGUUUCAGUGAAAGGAAACGUGUUAAGAAAAGCCUUCAAAAUGCUGAAAGAAGCUGGCAUGAUGUUAUGGAUGGUGAUUUGUACAGAGAACUGUUAAAGCCUGGAGGAUUUCUUGACAACGACACAAAUCUGUCCCUGCUUUUCAAUACUGAUGGUGUUCAUGUCUUCAAGUCAUCUAAAGGAGAGAUCUGGCCUCUUUUAGUUGUGGUAAAUGAGGUUCACCCCUCUGUUCGGUAAGCAUAAUAGGUGCAUUUAAGAUUAAUUUACACCAAAACAGUGAUGCAAUAGUGGUAGCUCCAGUCCUCUGCAUCCUUAAGCUAUAAAACCCCCCACAUUCCCUGACUGCCAAUAUACCUUAGAGGUGCUUACAUGUCAGUGUUAAACAAUGAAUUGCAAUAUGCAAUGUGGAAAACAUGUGGGAAAAAAUUUAGUGACAUAAGCACUUUUAAGGUCUAAUGGGCAUUAAUUAAUUAAUGCUGAAUCAAUCAUGAUGAAAGAUGUUGGUCUUGUAAUAAUAUUUUGUACCAUACAGUAUUAAUUUUAGUCAAAUGUAAUAUUAAUUAAAGGUUUUUGUAUUUUGUAUAUUUCAUACUAGAUUUAGCACAAAGAGAAUUAUUCUUGCUGGGAUCUGGUUUGGGUCUAAAAAACCUCCUAUGGCAACAUUCCUUGCACCAUUUCGGGAGCAAUUAAAUCAUCUGUAUCACACAGGUAAUAAAACUGCAAAUUUGUACAUGAUCAGGGGCCAGACUUGCAGGAAGGCCGGAUAGUGCUAUCCUGAUAGUGAUUUUUUCAAGCUUUGUUAAAUCAGUUGUUGAUUAGUAUAACUCAUGUUAAAGUUUAGUAUUUAUAACUUAAAUGUUUUUUAUACUUUAUGUGUCAUCUGUAUCCGUAAUUUCAUGGUUUUUUAAGCAUUUUUACAACGGUUGAAAUAAUCACUUAGCGGUUAGAUAGCACUAUCCAGCCUUCGUGCAACUGGCCCCAACUGAUCAUUGCUUUUAAGUUUGCUUGUAAGGCAACUGCAUAUAGGCAAUCUGUAGGUCUGACAGACACCAAAGAUUUAUUUACUUUAUUAUAUACACUGCAAUUAUUGGGGGCUGUGUACUUUUAUUUUUGAAAAUGGGCUUCCACAGCCGAUAUGUUCUGUAUGGGAGACAGCAUUUUGAAACUGACCUGUACCCAAAACCGGGCCUGGUAUGGUGUAAAUGUUGUAAAACUUUAUCUUGAGCUCACAGUGGAUAGUGCCUUUGAACUACAUACCAUGCACGUAAUUGUUAGUACAUGAUUAAGUCAGUACGAUUAAGUUUCAGUGCUUUAUUUUAUUUCACAUGUAGGAGUUCUGAUUGCUUCUAAAAAUAUUACCUGUCAUGCAGUGACUUUAAUUGGCACUACAGAUUUGCCUGCUAAAGCAGCAUGUCAAGAGUUUACACAGUUUAAUGGAGAGUGUGGUUGCUCUUUCUGCGAAGACAAAGGAGUGAUUGUGUCCGUUGGUAAAGGCCACUCAAGGGCUUAUCCAUUUAUUCCAGGACCUCCAAGAAUGCUUAGAACAAAAGACAAAGUGUUAAAACAAGGAACAAUGGCUCUGCAGUCAGGAACUCGUGUACGUACUACAGUAUAUAAAUAACUAAUUAUAUCCCUCAGGCUUAGCUAAAUUAUAACAGCGGCUUUGCAUUUUAAAGCAGAAACUAGUAGGACAUUUUAAUUUUCCCACCUGUAGGUAUGUGGUGUUAAGAUGGUUUCACAACUCACUUUAGUGGAUGGAUUUGAUAUAAUUAGAGGAAUGCCACUUGACUACAUGCAUAGUGUACUACUGGGUGUGGUGAAGAUGCUCUUCUCGAAAUGGUUUGAUGCCAAAAAUAAGAAAGAAGUGUUUUAUAUUGGAGACAAAAUAUCAUGCCUAGAUGGGAGACUUUGCCUUUGCCAACCCCCAGACUACAUAUCACGAUUACCACGAAGCCUUGCAGAUCGCAAAUAUUGGAAAGGUAAGAUUAAUUAAAUAGACAAAAAAUAGCUCAACCUGUCUGACCUGACAUUUAUUCAAAAAAAUACACCAGACCAAUCAGCUGUUGCAAUACAUCUAAUGUAUUAACAUUAAAUCUGUGAGUGAUUUCUAAUAACUCCAUUUUUGGAUGACGCUUACUCAAUCUAGAACUAACAUUAUGUAAUGAAAUUCAUUAAGCCUUACCAUUGUUGAUAUCCACUGGUUAACAACUAUUCACGUUUUAGUUAUCCCCAUAUCCUUAAGUUCAUUCCCUUUGAUUUUGCAGCUUCGGAGGUCCGAUCAUGGCUGCUAUACUAUUCCUUGCCAGUGUUACAUGGGAUUCUACCAGAUGAACUGUAUUGUCAUUAUGCUCUACUUGCUACCUCAGUAUAUCACCUACUCCAACAACCAGUCACUCAGUCUGGUUUGUUGUCAGCCGAUCGACAACUUGAAGAGUUCUAUGCUUUAAUGUCGAAAUACUAUGGUAAAUUGUGUUGUUUUGUUAUAAAGUUAGUCAUACAGUAAUAGGCUGUAAUUAUAAUAUAAUCAGAUUAUUAAUUUAUAACAAUUGGACUACAUACUGUAUAUUAUACAUUUAUAGGUGAAUCAGCAUGUACAAUGAAUGUCCACAAUGUGUGCAAGCACAUGACUACAAGUGUGAAAUUGGCUGGGCCAUUAUGGGCUUUCUCUUGCUUUGGUACUGAGUCCUGGAAUGGUACAAUGAUGAAAUUAAUUCAUGGUACUCAUCAUGUUGCCACACAGGUGAAUAGCAAUAAAUUUCCAUUGGGUAAAGUGAAAAUGUUUAUUAUUGCAUUACAUUUACAUGUAUUAAAUUCUACAAUACAUUUUUUCCUAUUUAUGUGAAUACUGUAUUAUCAUUUCUUAGGUGGUCGCUGCAAUAAAAUCCAUAAGACUCGUAAAUAUUGAGCAAAAACAACAAUUUGACGAUGAUCUUUCAAGAGAAACUAGUAUAUUUUUUGCCAAUCUUACUAGACCAAUAAGGUGUGUGACAAUUAGUAUAAUUUUAACAUCCAAAAUUAUGUGCAAUUUUAUUCAAACCGGGCAGUUCUAGUUUAACGGCUACCGCACUGUACAGUCUCAUAAUGUUAAAUUUUUCGUUUUUGCAAAUUAAGACACUCAAAAUCAUUUUCAUUGUUUUUUGUUAACUAUUCAUUGGUAUAUUGUUAUAUAAUUGUUAUAUAAUUUUUGUGUACGUGUGUGUUAAUUGUAAUUAUUAUGUUAUACUUAUUUGGCAAAAUAAAUUUAAUUUGAUUUGAUUUUGUAAAUUAGUUUUGCUAAUGGGCAGCACUUUUCCAUCAUUUUAGAAACAACUGCCAGAAUCUAUUUAAAGGAUGCUAUUCGGUCGGUGGUAUGAAUAAAGUUGUACUUGAUUUUCAGCAGCUAGCAGAAUUAAAUGAGCUAAUUUUUGGAGCAGCUGUCAAUGUUGAGCAGGCAUACAAUUUCAAGAAAGCAAUUUACAAGAAACAGAUGUUUUACAGCAAGUUAUGUACGAACAUAAAGAAAAGAAACAGCUACACUAUUACCUAUCUGGCGAGCAAUGGAGAGGAAAAAUUUGGCCAAAUUCUGUACUUUCUAAAGGUAUCAAUGGCAGAGACAUUUGGUGAGAACAACGAGUACUGUGUUGCAGCAAUAGAGGAGCUUCAACCUUGUUAG